UGCUGUGAAAGACUUCGCGGGAAAGCUGCACAUUUCCCGUGACAACACACACAAAAACGUAUUGUAAACUUAACGUCAGUUAAUCGCAGAGUAUCAUAACACGCCAACAUGAGUUUAUGGGUGGAUAAGUACAGACCUACAUCUCUCGCUAAAUUGGACUACCACAAAGAGCAGGCUAAUAAACUCAAAAACCUGGUACAAUGUGGAGACUUUCCCCACCUCCUAGUUUAUGGUCCAUCUGGCGCGGGAAAGAAAACACGCAUAAUGUGUCUGCUGCGCGAGUUGUAUGGUGCAGGUGUUGAGAAACUCCGCAUCGAGCACCAGUCUAUCACUGCACCUUCAAAGAAGAAAAUAGAAAUAAACACAGUAGCAAGCAACUAUCACUUGGAAGUUAAUCCUAGCGACGCAGGCAACAGUGACAGAGUGGUGAUACAGGAGCUGAUAAAAACUAUGGCACAGUCUCAGCAGAUUCAGUCCAGCACGCAGAGGGAGUUCAAGGUGGUCCUGCUGACUGAGGUGGACCGGCUCACUAAAGACGCCCAGCAUGCUCUGCGUCGCACCAUGGAGAAGUACAUGUCCACAUGCCGUCUGAUCCUCUGCUGCAACUCCAUGUCAAAGGUCAUCUCCCCCAUAAGGAGCAGGUGUCUGGCUGUGCGGGUUCCUCUGCCCAGCGUGGAGGAGGUAUGCAGCGUCCUGACCGGCAUCUGCAAGAAGGAGGGACUGCUGCUCCCUGCCGAGCUGGCCAGGCAAAUCGCAGAGAGGUCUGGCCGCAACCUGCGCAAAGCCCUGCUGAUGUGCGAGGCAUGUCGAGUGCAGCAGUACCCCUUCUCGGCCGACCAGGAAAUCCCUGAAACCGACUGGGAGGUGUACCUGAGAGAGACGGCCAACGCCAUCGUCAGCCAGCAGAGCCCGCAGAGGCUGCUGGAGGUGCGUGCCAGGCUGUACGAGCUGCUGACCCACUGCAUUCCGCCAGAGGUGAUCAUGAGGGGGCUGGUGACAGAGCUGCUGGGCAACUGUGAUGGGCACCUCAAGGGUGAGGUGGUCCAAAUGGCUGCCCAUUAUGAACAUCGGCUUCAGAUGGGCAGCAAAGCCAUCUACCACCUGGAGGCCUUCGUUGCCAAGUUCAUGGCUAUCUACAAGAAGUUCAUGGAAGACGGCUUGGAUAAUUUAAUGUUCUGAUUUAGGUCUGUUUUUCGCACUCACUCCAACACUGCACCCUGGUCACAGGAGUGAAGCAAUGGUUGCUGUUAGCACUUAAUGUGUCCAUUACUGGGGAAGAAUGAGCUACAGCUCUCCCUAUCCACACUGGCCCAUGGUGUUUACAAAGCUAUGAUGGCCCUCUGGCUUACUGCUUUACUUAAUGUUGAUGCUUGUCUGGAGGCUUGGUCAUGUGGCACAAUGUUCAAGAUGGAUACGAUAAAGUUAUUUAGAAAUGAAUGACUUGUUGGUUAUACUCGGAUGCGUUUAAUGUAUAAUAUUCUGUAAGCCACUUUGGCUAAAAGCGUCUGCCAUAUGAAUAAAUGGAAAUGUGUUUCUUAAGGCUCAUAAAGAUAUGGUCAGUGCAGUGAUUUUACAAUCAAACACCCCCAACCUAUCCACUGUUAUACAUUGUGUAUAAAUGAGCUCAUCAUUACAGUGCCUGAUUCAUAACUGUCUUCCAUGUAAGGAACACCAUCUACUUACAUUUUCCUUCAUUGUAAAAAGGAAAAAAACAAACCUAUUAUUUUGCAAGCUUAAGGUCAUAGUCUUUCAUCUGCAAGGGCUUUUAAUAGUGUCUCAUUAAAGUACACAGAUGUAGA